AGAAAACAUUACACUACAGGCAUAAUGAGUUUUUUGUGGCGGCCACAAGAAAACAUUACACUACAGGCAUAAUUAGAGUUUUUUUGUGGCGGCCACAAGAAAACAUUACACUACAACAUACUGCAUAUCGCCCUCGUACGGCAGCUGUGUUCCGAAAUUACUUGCAGCAUGUAGUCUUUGUGACCGUUAUGAACCACAUAUUUCCAUAUUUAUUAGAACGUCCAUCCGCCUACUAUUACGACAUGUUUUUGUUAUAAGUUGGUUCACUUUUUUUCUGAGUUAUAAUGUCCCGGAAGGGUGGUAAUAUUAUUGAUAAGAGCGAAGUUUUUCGUACUCGCUAUGCGACAACAGUUAAUGCUCAGUUUGCUCAGUUGUAUUAUCAGCGAUUGACUGUGCUGAAACCUCGCAUGUUAUCGGUGGUUGAAGCGACAUGGGGGCACAAGUACAGAGUAUGUACCGUGAGCGACGUCGUGGAGAACGAGACAGUAUGCCUGAUUGGAACACUCUACAAGGAGAUGGAGCUAAAGCCCAACAUCUUGCGGGAAAUGCACGAAGACUUUGAAAUUCAUGGACAGAUUGUGCUACAACGCUACACUAGUGACACUGACACCCUAUAUAUAGAGGAUGAAUCGCAGCGAAUCAUCGUUGUUGGAAAGAAGCUGGAUCUUCCGAUGGUGGUCACGGGGGUCAUUGCGGCGCUGAUUGGAUGGAAAAACGGUACUGGAGCGUUCGUCGUGGAGGACUACAGGUUUCUGGGCAUGCCGCCGCAGCCGCAUUUUGAUCUUCCCGAGUCUGACUGUUACCUUGCGUUCUUUUCUGGAUUGGGUCUUGGCCGCAGUAAUACGAGCACCUUUCCUGUGGAUUCAUGUAUAGAUUUACUCGCUGGUCGAACUGGAGAUGAAAAGCAGAGACAGAAAAUGGCCUGUGUUGCUGCUGUGAUUAUUGCUGGUGAUCUCAUAGAAGUGGAUCUUGAAGAGCGACAGAAACUCUCUGUAAAAACGCGACACCUGUCCCGGCAUAAAUCAUUGGAAGGGAGUGUGGAAAAAAUGCAGAAUGUGGAUGCAACUCUUGCAUCAUUGGUUCGCCACGUAGACGUUUAUAUUAUGCCCGGAAGUAAAGAUCCAGCCAACUUGCUCUUGCCCCAACAGCCAUUGCAUGUCAGUAUGUUUCCACUGUGCAACAAAUCGGCUGGUCUGCACCUGGUCACUAAUCCCUUCCGAUUUGAUCUCCAGUGCAUACGCGUACUGGGAACGUCUGGUCAGAAUGUAAGCGACAUUUAUAAAAAUUGUCGUACAAAUGAUCCACUGGACAUUCUGGAACAGACCUUACACUGGGGCCACAUGGCGCCCACGGCGCCUGAUACGUUAGGUAAAAAAUAUUUCCCAACAGCGUAUGAUCGCAAAUUUAUCCGUGUUUUUUAUCUUUUUUUGCGUAGGCUGCUAUCCUUUUGUGGAAAUUAUAUUAAUUUCCGUGAAACAUAUCUGUUUGUGUGGUUGUCACAAAAUUCCCACCACAUUGCCACUAUGCGUUUUUCUGUGUCCGCCACAAAAAUCGCACUAAUGUGAGAUGUUACUAUAUUUGUAGUGACAAACACAUGUCUCAUAAUGCAAUGAAUUUUUUUUGUGGCGGCCACAAAAACUAUACCUACUGAAAUGCAAAUGUUUUCGUUGCCGGUCAUGAAAUUUCCAGUACACAAAAGCCACUCAACGAUCAUGCACACAACAUUAUCCAUUUUUACUGCACAUCCGAACGCGAGAUGCGCCGGAAACCAUGACUAGAAAUAGAAUGUCAUGUAAUAUCCAUCUUCCAGCCAUGUGAUCGACGCCAGCAGUCCUUUAUAUCAUGUGAGACCAGUAUAUUAAUUACCACCGCGAAGGCCUGUUAACUGUCAGGAACACUGCUGUACAAACAGUUUGCUAAUUUCUGUGUGUACAAAACUUCAGUCUCCUUUAUCUUGUGUUUUUUCUGGAUCUGCUGGUGGUUUUGUCUUGUCAGCACCGGUGUUAGAAGCCGCAUCAACGGCACAGGAAAUUUCUGUGUGUGGUUUCAACUCUCCCGCCUCCACAGAUGCCGGUUGCGUGUCUUCGUAGAAACAUCUGAACAGCUUCCGAAUACGUAACAGAUUGUCCGGCAGAAUGACCACAAUAAAAGCGACACCAAUCAACAGCGAACCGCCAAUCUGGGCAGCGGAUAUGGAUACUUUCCUUACAGCAGAAUCAAAAACUGCAAACCACGUAACAGAAUAUUACUGAAUAUGCAAAAUCGGAAAACAAUUGGGACAAUGUUGCAUACCGAUAUUGGUCACCAUUAUAAGCAGCUCGCUAAGGGACAUAAAAAACGGAGUGGACAGUACCAGACCGUAUCCAUAGACCAGUGCAGCCACUACAAGCAAGCGCAAUUGUGAACCACAAUGUACACUACCACAUUUUCAGAUCUGUAGUUGCAUUGUUGAUGAGCUUUCUGACUUACCAUAUGGUUAAUUAUAAA